AGAUUGUACUGUUACGUCACGUGAGUUGCAUUUUACUUUUUUAGAUCAGCCAAAUAGGCUAUCUUACGCUAAUAUUCCUGGCACAGAUUCAGGAUUCCUUAAUCAACCCACGUUACAGGGUAAAGCUGGAAGUUUUAUUCACAUAUCUAGUCAUUUGAGAUGAAGUUUCGCACCAACCCCAGGCAACCAAUAGAGGGAAAAGUGCGUUAGAAAACAAAGGGGAAAUGCAGCUUGAUGUCUGCCUGUGUGGGGGAGAUAAUGCGGGUUUUUUCCCCUCAUGUUGCUCUGUUUCAAGUGUUGAAUUAUCUACUUUUCUCCUACAUACUCGCCGAACCAAGAGAGAUUAAUCUUCAAAUUUCGGGUGGAUUUUGGGGAAAUCCCCAAAGUCAAAUGACCUCCACCAAGGUUUAGGGGAGUUUAUUGGAAAAUAUUAGGGAAUCUCCACAGAUGUCGGGAAGUUUUGGGGUUAUGGUGCCAUUUCCCAAAAUUUUUCAUAAUGGUUUCCCUAAAACUUGGAGAUUGGGGAUUUACUUAACUUCACUUCAAUUUUCAACACACCUUUGGCCUAACCCCAAACGUCUCAUGUAUUCGUCUUCAUUUCCAUAACAAAUCACACGAUAACUGCAAUCGAUGUUAAAAACUGUACAUGUCGGAAUAAAUUUAUUGAAAAGAAAAAAACUUCGUAUUGUACAACAUUUUGGAUAGCUGACAUAUGCUAGUGUAUCGAUGGCUAUGUAUUUUAAUUGUAAUUGCCAAGCUAGCUUAUGCCGACAAUAGAAGAGAUUUUUCACGGGGGAAAAAGCGAUUAAGGGGGGUGUUCAGACGAAACGGAAUAAAAUAUAACGUAGAAAACGCCUUCGACUACUUCAGUCUCUAUCCUUAGUUCAGAUGUUGACGCAAAGCAGUCCUGAAGCAACAACUUGCACUUAGAGGGAGAAAAGCGCAUCCCAAACAUUCUGGCAUUGUUGCUUAGUGCUACCAAAAAACUGCGUCUUCACCAAACAGGACUAUGUCAUCUGCGUAUUCUAAGUCGAUAUGUGGACCUCCUGGAAGGAGAUCAAUACCCGACAAUUCAGUCGACGAGAAUGUUAUUCCCAUCAGUAGAUCUAUGAUGAAGUUAAACAGAAAUGAAGAAAGUGGACAGCCUUGACGGACACCACUUGAGGUUGCAAAAGUAGAUGACAGUUCGCCAUAAGCUCUGACUCGACUAGUAGUGUUCGAGUAAAGAGCCUUCACAAGGUUAAUGUACUUCUGAGGUACGCCUUUCAAUGACAGACACUGCCAGAGAACCUGUCGAUUUACAGAGUAAAAUGCUACUUUCAAGUCAAAAAGACCACCAUUGUCGGACGUCGACAAGUAUGCCUGUCCUGGAACCUGACGGAUGAUGAAUAUGUGGUCGAUGCAGCCACGACCACUAAAAUCUCUUUUGUUAGCAAUAUCACAUCCGACCGUUGUUGCUACCUUGACGUGGUGGUUGGGCUUGCCUAUCGUGAUGAAGCAAGCGAGCUAUACUGGCUGGAACAACUGUUCCUCAAGGUCCUACCAUGUCAGACAGGUCGGUUGAAGAGCGGUAAGACUAAAAGCAACAAACCCAAUGCCCGAAGGUAGAGUCGUACUGCUGACUGUACAGAGGUGUGGCAGCAGUAAGGUGUUCCCUUCAGACAACCAGCAUGACAGCAAUGCUGCCUUCUCACAAGGAGAGGUGGGGUUAGAAAAGGUCGACCCUAAAAAUGCACACCUCGCCUUAUCCCACGGAUAUCCGUCUCCGGCGGUAAGGUCUCAACAAGUACAAAGCUAACACAAAAAUCACCCAUAAAAAGUCGUGUGUGACCGACCUCAAGCAGUUGUCCCUUGGGUACUGCGGUCACGCUCUCAGGUCACUAAGACCACCUCUAAUCCAAUUUCCUUUUCAGGUACCUCCAGAAGAACCCUUCCACGGUGCGGGCAACCGGGAAGUGAUAACCGCCCUCAUACCUCCAACAGCCCUCAAGACUGAGCAAUAUCACAUCCCAGCUGUAGGUCAUGCUAGUUUUCUCAUCAUAGUUAUCCUGUAGUGCAAAAGCACGUGUAGAAAAGUUUACACUCGUGUCAGCUCUUAUAUCGUUCCACACAUGUACGCUUUAUUUCGAUCUUAUUAUAUACUGAAAGUAGAUAUUUAAAAAGUAUUACUCAGAGAGAUUGAUACAUAAUGCACACAUGCGUCUUUAGGAUCUUUAGCCGCUUCUGACGCGUGCGUUGUAGCAUAUUACGAACGUAUUCCCAUUAACAUAAUGAAGGAAAGCUAACACAAUUCGUGGGGUUCGUUUCUUUUUCACCCACCUUAGUAAUCCCUCGCACUAUAGUGCUUCGAUAGGUACUGUUCAUUCCUAACAUUAGUGUAAUCGAGGUUGCCCCCAGCAGAAAUGGGUGUCGGAAAUUAAGAAAUAUGGGCUUUGCGUCAUCAUUGGCGACCAGCGGCUGUAUGUAAACCUGUCAUACAUUGCUUAUCGCUACUUCCCCCUUUUGCUUAUGUUCAGUAAUCAGUAUUGUUUGCGAUCAUUGCAUGAACCCGAAAAUAUUUACACAUAUGAUUUGACUUUACUACUUGCUACUAUUAGAUACCUAAAAAAUUUCAUUUAAAUUAUUUCAGACUACAUUUUUAACUAAUUACUUGGACAUAUUCGUGCAAUCUCAUUCAUAACACAAUCGCUCUCGAGAACCGUCGAUGGACAUUUGAUCAGUGAUGUCUGUAUUUCAUGAUGAAAUAGAAAUCGAGGAUAUGGAGUAUGAUGAAGAAUCUGAAACGUAUUCCUAUCCUUGUCCGUGUGGUGAUCGAUUCCUAAUUACCAAGGAGGAUUUAUUGUGUGGUGAUGAUAUAGCACGAUGUCCAAGCUGUUCUCUUUACGUGCGUGUUAUCUAUGAUAUGGUAAGUUCGAUUUGCUUUAAUCUGAUACACUUUAGGAAAAUGUACUUCCCAACCUGAAAGAAUCAUCAGCUGAAAUAAUGGUUUCCUAAAGAAUUUCUCUCUAAUAAUUCCAAACAAAUCUCAACCGGCAAACAUUUUUCGAAUUCAUUCUUUUGAGUCAUGAUCACUAUAAGAACCUCAUGAACGACCUUAACCUAAGCCAUUUUCAUCGGUCUUCAAAAAACUAACUUUCAGUUCAUAUUUUUCUACUUUUCAUCAAAUACAAUUGACUAAUCUGGUGUGUUUUACAUAUUUUAUAUUAUUUGAUACAUCAAAACGUGUAUGCUGUUGUAAUUGGUACAAACAAGACUUGAAAUUUA